AUGUUUUUUAGUUGCAUGUGGGACUUGCUUCGAAAAUCAACCGCGAAGUUUUCAGCCCAUUACAACAAGGCCAAAGACCAUCCUCCCUCUGGAUCUGCCCCUGCCAACUAUGUGAAGAUAGCUAAAAAGGCCUACUACAAGGAAACACAAAAGGUCUUUUUGUACGACGCAGCUUGGUCAAUUCUGUACCCGCAUGAGAAGUGGAGGGACGCCAGCAGUAUCCGGAAAAAGAAAACUCAGCCAACUCCAAACACUGCAGAAAGCACUCCACAGACCUCCAAUUCCACGCAAUUGCCGCACCCCUUGAUUGAAGAGACCAGUAACCUCCCAAACAAAGAGAGUGAACCAACUGAGGUUUGUCCGAUUGGAAUCAAAAGUGCUAAACGCAAAGAAGCCAAGCUUGAAAUUGCCCACAAGAAGGUUAAGCUUCUUGAAAAGAACUCGGUCGAGGGCUCCAAACGAAUUGCCCAGUUUGAUCGAGCCAAUCAACUCCAAGAAGAGACAAAUCACAUUCAGCAGGAGCGCGCGGACGGCUUACAUGUGCAAAUUGAGAUGACCAUCAUGGACAAGGACCUCAGUAAGCUCGACGAAUACACUCAAGAAUACUACCUUGAAAAAAAGAAUAAGAUCAUUCAAGACAUGCGAAGAAACAAAGCUGCCAAUCAAGCUCGACAGGAUGCUGCCAAUCAAGCUCAAUCAAACUCGCAAGCCAAUCAACAAGCAUACAAAGAAGAUAACAAAGACCAAUAUGAUGAAGAGGAAGAUGAAGACACUUUACCUUCCCCAUCUUCUCUUUUUCCUGUAUCAGAUCCAACUCUCAACCCCAGCUUGGAUUUCUUGUAG